UGCCCGGCUGCGGGGCUCUGCGGUGCCCCCAGGGCCUUUGUCCGAAGGAUCGUCUCUCCCACCAACGCCGGGAGCGGGGAAGCGGCCGGAGGCUGCCGCCGGGCCGUGGGAAUCGGGAGGGAGGCGGCGCGGAACCGGCAGCAUCCCCGCGGAACCGGAGCCGGAGCCGCAUCCCCGCGCCUUUCAGAUAACCUUUAGCCGCACCGAGCGGGGCCGGAACGAGGCGCAGGGCCGCACCGGGACCCUGCGUCCGGAGCACCGUCCGCAGAGCCGCAGCCCCGCAGUGAGCACAGAGCUGAGCUGGAAGCAGAGGCACCGACACCUCAACGAGGAGGCACGUGGCAGCCCCGGCCCUGGGUGGGAUGAGCCCCACGGCCCGUGAGAGCCCGCGGUGACAGCGAGCGGGAGAGCCGGGAAGUCAGCGCUGACGAAUCUGCACCAACGCCACGAGGAUCCACACGGCGUACACAGGAGCCGAGGCUGGGAGGAGGCGGGCGCCCUCCCCGCGGCGCUGCCAACACUCCAGCCGCGCUUCCCUGCCCCAAAUCGUCCCACAUUGCCCCGCACCGUGGGCAUCCGCUCACCCCUCCCGGUGCGGGGCUGCCACCGAGGCAAAGGGGAGCUGCUGGUGACACCGCCGCUGACAGCGAUGUCACACUGACAUCCCGCGGGGAGCAGAUGCUUUGAUCGCCUGCCCGAGCGCAUCCUCAAAGGCAGUUUGGGCAGGAUGCGGCCGUGAGCAGCGCCUUCCCGCCUGCACCCUGGGGCGCUCAGAACAGGGUGCACAGCGCCCGCACAUCCCCCCAUCCCCAGGAUGCGCUCCCACACCGCCGGCUGCCCACCGUGCUCCUACUCCAGAACAAGACUGAAAGCGCUGCAUGCUGCUGGCAUGUUGUAGCCUCAUGCAGGCGUCCCUCGGAGACCCCAGAGCGGUGGACGGUAAUGUGAAAACGAUCCUCAUGUCGUGUCUGAAAGGGCAACAGGUCAUCAUUAAAAUGGAGGCGAUGAAGAUCAUCCACCCGGAAAAGUUCUCGGAGCUGCAGGCAGCACCUCCACGCUACGCACCCGCGCCGUGCCGGGAGCCGCCCCUGGUGGCCAAACGAGCAUGGCCCUCUGAGUCCGAGAUCAUCGUCAACCAGGCGUGCGGGGACAUCCCGGCGUUGGAUGCAGCCCCCGCGCCGCUGCCGCUGCCCCGGACUCCCCCUCUGCCGCGGCGCGAGCGCGGGUACCAGAGCCAGCGGAAGGGCAGCUCGGAGGUGUGCUUCCACCGGCAGCCGCCGUCAGACGAGGUGAUCGUCAACCAGUACGUGCUGCACCCCUCGACGCCCUGCGAGCCCCUCGAGUGCCCCACCUGCGGCCACAUGUACAACUUCACCAACAAGCGGCCGCGCAUCCUCUCCUGCCUGCACUCGGUGUGUGAGGAGUGUCUGCAGAUCCUCUACGAGUCGUGCCCCAAGUACAAGUUCAUCUCCUGCCCCACCUGCAAGCGGGAGACCGUGCUCUUCACCGACUACGGGCUGGCGGCGCUGGCCGUCAACACCAGUAUCCUGAACAGACUGCCGGCCGAGGCCCUGGCUGCCAACCCCGUGCAGUGGAGCAGCGACACCGACCGCAGCUGCUACCAGACCUUCCGCCAGUACUGCGGGGCCGCCUGCACCUGCCACAUCCGAAAUCCGCUGUCUUCCUGCACCAUCAUGUGAACCCUGUGCCCCGGCCCCAGGAGGGAGAGGACGGCAGCACGUGUGUCAGCAGCGCCCGGCGUGGGAUGCUCCGUGCGCGUGGGGAUGCGCCGGCCCUCAGCAUGGCCACGGACAUGGGCUGGCGGUGGGAUGCUGCGCCUUGGGACAUGGCGCAGAGCCGGUGGCAGCCCCCCAAGCACCCGUGGUACUGGGGAGGGGGAUGUGGGAGCACAGCCCGUCCCUGUGCGUCCCCAGCGCUGAGCACCCUCCCCCGGGCUCCUUCUCUCCAGAGCGGACGCUGUCCUGAUGGUGGCACUGAUCUUGUCGCCCCGUGGCCAUGGAGUCCCCAAGGAGAUGCGGUGCCCAGAGAUGGGCAUCAGGACAGCCCCACCACCCCCCUCUCUGUAAUUUAUUUGCCAAAGCUUUCGUCUCAGAGGCCACGCACCGUGCGCCCGAGUCGCAGCCACACCGAGCAGACACGUGGCCAUGCCCUCCGCCAGCCCUUGAGGAAAGCUCCUGUUCAUCCUCAUUUUGGAGGAUUUUUCCCCAUCCGUCCCAGGCCGCUACGUGUUCACAAAGGCAUUGAGCUGCACCCGUUCCCUGUGGCCCACCCACCCAGGGCUGCGAUGGACCCUGUGUCCAGCACAUCCUGUGCACGGUCUUGCUUUCCCCAGAGCAUCUGGAUGGGGAAGUUUGCUGCCAAAAGAGCAAAAAACAAAAACAAAGAAACAAGAAACCUAAAAAAAAAGAAGAAAAAAGAAAAAGAAA